AUGCGCUUCUCAGCAACUACUCUCCUAGUCACUGCGCUGGGAUAUAUCAGCGCUGCCACCGCCCACACCAUUCAGCUCAAGGCCCACUCACGAGAAUGCUUCCACGAGGCCCUGCACCGCGAUGAUGUGAUGACCGUUACUUUCCAGGUUGGAGAUCGGGAGUUUGGAGGAAGUGGGAACCUUGAGAUUGACUUCUGGGUCGAGGAUCCCCUGAGGAACCGCCAGUACUUCAAGCAAGCCGUUUCAUCCGAAGACUACUCGUUCACCGCACAGGCUGAUGGAAAAUACAACUACUGCUUCAGCAAUGAGGGCUGGACCUCCAACUCCAAGGAGGUCUCGUUCAACGUCCAUGGAAUCGUCUACGUGCCCGAAGCCGAGAUGUCGCAGGAUCCCCUUGAGGUCGAAGUUCGCAAACUUUCCGAGGCGUUGACACAGGUCAAGGACGAGCAGUCGUACAUUGUGGUGCGCGAGCGGGUACACCGGAAUACGGCUGAGAGCACCAACGGCCGUGUGAAGUGGUGGAGUAUGUUUCAGCUGGCGGUUGUUAUUGGUGAGGGUGUGUUCCAGGUGUGGUGGCUCAAGCGAUUCUUCGAGGUUAAGCGUGUGGUCUGA